CCAAUUUGGCACAAUUAAUUAAAAGUCAAAGAUCAUUACAAUCUUUUAAGAUUGGUACAUAUUAUAGAUCAUUAUCAAAAAUUAUACCAGCAUUAGAAAGUCAACAUAAAACUCUUAAGGAAAUAAUAUUUCGUGGUAUUGAUUUUGAUGAGGGAGUAACCUUUGCACCUUUGAUCCCUUGUAAAAAUUUAGAAUCAUUAAUAUUUAUGACAUGUGAUAAUGUUAAAAAUGAGGCGACAAAACCAUUGGAAUCAGCUCAUUUCCCUAAAUUAAAAAAAUUGGUAUUUCACGUUGAACAUAAUCGACCACCAUUAGCAUUAUCAUCACUUAUCAUCAAUAAUUGUAAUACUUUACAAGAAAUUUCAUUAGGAUUACCACCAAUUGAUUCACAGGAUGAUCCAAAAAUAAUUGAGACGAUAAUUGAAUAUUGUAAAAAUUUGACUAUAUUCGAAUCUCAUUUACAAAUUCAUCAAUUAAAUUCCCUUUUAAUUUCUUGUAAGAAUUUAGAAAAAUUAGUAGCCCGUGGUAGAGAACCUUUACGUGUGGAUGAAUUUUUACCAAAUAUUGGUAACAAUAUUCCAUCAAGGUUAAAAAUACUUGUUAUUCAUGCUAUAUGGUCUUUCAAUCCUAACACUUUAAAAGAAUUUUUAGAUUAUUGUCGUGCAGACUUAGAAACUAUAGGAUUUCCUGAUUGUUAUGCCAUUAAUGAUGAUCAUUUAUUCAAUUUUUCAGAAUAUGCAAGAGAGAAAGGAUCUCUCAAAACUUUGAAUAUUAGAUCAGCAUCUAAAAUUACUAGAAAAGCCUUUGAAAUCGCUAAAUCUGAUAUUGAAAAUAUUGAGCAUUGUGGUGGUUAUUGUGAUGAAGAUGAUGAAUAGAAUUAUUAUGUGAAGGAAGGAGGUGUGAAAACUUUGGAGAAGGCUUUUUUAAGAUAAAAUUUGAUAUUCUCUCUGGAAGGUAAAUUAGGGAAAUACAGUACGUCUAUUUAUAAGAAAUUUAGCAUUUUAUGAUUUUUUUUUUUUUUUUU